AUGAAUGAACCUUAUGCCCCAACGACACCUAGACCUACGAGUACCCGCUCAUCAAUCAGCAUGAAAAUUUUGAUAUGCUUUCUUAGUGUAUUUAUUGUAGCACAGACUAUUGGGACUGCACUGUUUUGCUUAUAUUUUCACAUGCAGUUGGACAAGCUGAAAGAUGGGAUGAGCUUAAAUGAAGAUUUCUUAUUCCUGAGAAGAUUACACGAAUGUCAGAAACCAGAAGGUGUGGAAUCUUCAUUACUGGACUGUAAGAAGAUUACAGACAGGUUGAAGCAUCUGCUAAUGAAGGAGGACAACAUCAAAAAAGACACUGAAACAUUUGAAAAGCUGAAAGUUGCAGAUGUCAGGAGGCACCCAGUUGCAGCUCACCUGGCAGGAAUUAAGAAGGGCAACAAAUCAGUACCAGUUUUAGAGUGGAAGACAACUGGGUAUGCCCCUACGAACGACUUGAUAUCCUACAAAGAAGGGAAGCUGAAGGUGAAGAAAGCAGGGCUUUAUUACAUCUAUGCCCAAGUCAGCUUCUGCACCAAGCCAGCACCUCAGGCACCAUUUAUCGUGUAUAUUUAUUUGCACCUGCCUUUGGAAUCAGAUCGGCUCUUGUUAAAUGGACUAAAUACACACAGCUCAUCAGACUUGUACUGUGGCCUCCAGUCCACUCACGUGGGAGGUGUAUUUGAACUCCGGCAAGGUGACGUGGUAUUCGUUAACGUGACAGAUUCAACUCUCGUGAACUACAAUCAUGGAAGCACAUACUUUGGUAUGUUUAAUCUUAACUGAAAGGAGAUCUGCCGUGAAGAACAGAUCUGCAGUUGUCACUGCACAGGAAGUCCUAACCCGACUUUGUUGAACAAAGUGGCUUCUCCUGGUUUCCAGUAUUUAUAUUCCUCUGCAUCUUUAGUUUUCUCGUUUCUAGAUUUGUAUAUUUUGUUAUUUAUUAAUGGGACAGAACAAGCCCUUAGAAGAAAAAUGGAACAAAGUUUGGAGCUGUUAUUCUGCGCACUUUGUUCUCACCUUUUCACUGGGGAAGAUCUGUACGUGUCUGUAUCAUAUGUAUUUAAGCUUUCCACACCGUGUGUGUUACCAUUUGUCUGACAGGGUGGAUGUCUCGAUUAAUGUCAUAUAAGCUUACUUAGUGGACAGUAAUACUGGUGUUUCUUCCCAAGUAAUGUUACACGUCUCAAGGGACUCUUAUCAAGAUGUAUUUUUGUCUCCAUCUGCAUAUAAAAUGAGAAUGGAAAAACCUUAAGAGGCUUAGGAACAUCUUCUCUGUAAAGCACGCAGUCAGCAAAAUGCGUUCCUUAUGUGGUAGCUGAUGAUGAUGCAUGUUUGCCAUAUAAGCUGGGUAUUUCGUCAGAAGUAUUCCUUUUUUCCACCCACAGGCGUGUAUAAUACGCAAUCAGCAGAGUCUCUCAUACCUUUAAACAUAACAUGGCAUUUGCUCAGGCAUGCUCACGCUGGGUGAAAUGCAGGCUGUAGCGGAGGGGUAGUGCAGACCUCUCAGGACAGGGAUUUCUUGAAACCUAUGCAGCCAUCUGCCCAGUGAACCUCGCCCACUAGCCUAGACUGUCCUCCCGCUACUCCUGUGCAGAAAAGGAUGUCUCUUACUUUUAUCCUUUUCCUCCAUGCCCCAUGAAGGACCCUCCUCUGUGACUCCUGGUUCCAUGCUAGGAAGAAGAGUGAAGAGGCAGAGGACAGGAAUCAGGCACAUUUAUGCCUUUUCCAGUCCCAUGAAAAAAUCCAAGUUGUCUCCUUUGUUAUGUGGAGCAUGCACUCGGUGUCCUGGAGCUACCACAGCCAGGGAGAAUGGUAGAAUAGCAUCACUAAAGCUAUAAAACAGGUGUGCAGAGCGAGGGACUUUGCAACCAGGCCCCGUAGCAUUUUGGAUGUGGAAAAUAUAUAGGAAAGUCCCCGCUGAAAUUUUCUACUCCGGACCCUUAGUCCCAUGGGCUUGACUCAGGGAACUCCAGGGUAUAAGGACAUUUACAUAGCACCUUUAUCCAGGGAUCCCAAUUGUUUGAGAGAUUUUCUGGGUAUUUGCUUGCGUAGUAUAUAGUCAUGGAAGUAGUUUUGGGGAAGUCUGUAGGCUUGUUCAAGCAAGGGUUGUAGGACAGGGCAUGAGAGCUUUCACUGAGUAAAGACUAUAUGGGAUUAAUCUCUGUAUUAUACUUGGGUUGCUGGUCCAAUUCCAAAGUGUCUCCUCUGGGGUGGAAAGCGGUAAACAUGGACUGUAUAAAUACCACCAUCCUGAAAAUAUAAGACCUGAUUCGUCACCUACUGAAAUCAAGGGGAGCUGUGCUCAGACUUUGCCCAUCUAAUCUUACAGUAAUUUAAUGUGUAGUUUGUUGGCUGUUAUCUGAAAUGCAUAACUUUAUUAGAGAACGGAGUCAGAGAAAUGUUCUUGUUUGAUGCAUUGUAUAAAAAAUUAUUUAUUUAACUAAAACUGUAUUAUAUUGAUGAACAAAAGGGAGGGAAUAACUGAAAGUUGCAUUGAAAACUAGGAAAAAAUUGCAUUGAAAACUAUGAAAAGGUGUGAAAAGACUAAACGUGGUUGUACUUCUGCAAUAAUACUCGUUGCACAUGAUUGAAUGUUUAAAUCUGAAGUGUUAAGGAGGAUGUGCUGUGUUGCUUACGCACCACGGUGCAACACGGAGGUAUUUUGCAGCCUGGCUACAACAGUUGGUCUAGAAAUCUGUACACUGUAGUGCUACAAAUAAC